AUGUCGGGAAGCAAGGCAUUUAUUGUAGGUAUCAGCGGGUGCUCUUCAAGCGGGAAGACGACCCUUGCUCGAUUGCUACGGGACAUCUUUCCCAGUACCAUGAUACUGCAUGAAGAUGACUUUUACAAAACGGAUACCGACAUACCUGUGCGAAAUGGGUUCCAAGACUGGGACUGUGCCGAUGCGAUUUCCAUUCCCGACAUGGAAGAAGCACUCGUUCAUAUUCACGCCACCGGCACCUUUCCUGCCAGCCUGGAUUCCAAGGAGGACCAGAACUCGGUAGGAAAGCGGCCCGUCUCCGAUGCCAAAAUGCAAGCGAUGAAGGCGAAAGUGGCGAGCUGGCUGGAGAAGGCAAAACCGAUCCACAAAUUAUUCACGGAAGGGAGCCUGCGCCUCUGCUUAUUUGACGGGUUUCUCUUAUACUCCCAGGAAAUGCAGUCGGUCAUGAACCUCAUAGAUCUCAAGCUGUUUCUGCUAGUGAGUCGGGAAAAGGCGGUGCAGAGAAGAGAGGCUCGUGAUGGCUACGUCACGCUAGAGGGGUUUUGGAAGGAUCCUCCGGGAUACGUGGAAAAGAUAGUGUGGCCCAACUACGCGACUUCUCACGCGUGGCUAUUCGAAAAAGGAGAUGUUGAGGGCAUACCAAACAAGGCCGUGCUGGCGGAGACGGGCAUCAUGGCCCAGCUGGAUCGCGGGCUUGACGUCGAUAUGGAGACCACCCUUGAGUGGGCUGUGGAGAAGGUGAUUACCGGACUCGAGGAGUUUGCCUUGGUGAAUGACACAACAAACGAAGGUGUUUAA